GGAAAUAUCGCGUCCCUCUUUGAGGGCGGUGUUGACUACUGCGUGCAUAUUGCAGAGAAAUAUGGCGGCGCGGUGAGGCUCCAUGGACCGCCAGACGAAACUGUAUACGUGUCCGACCCACGCGCGUUGUAUCACAUGGUCGUCAAAGAGCAGCACAUCUUCGAAGAGCCCAACCCCUUCAUUAUGUCAAACAAACUCGUGUUCGGUGAAGGUCUGAUAUCCACCGUCGGAGAGCAACAUCGCCGGCAACGCAAACUUCUCAACCCCGUCUUCUCGACAUCAAACAUGCGACGACUACUCUCCACACUACACCCCAUUUCCGACAGACUCACAUCCACUCUUGCGGCCAAACUUCCCGCUGACAGCUCUCACAAAGAGAUCGACAUCCUCCCAUGGCUAUCCCGCUGUGCUCUCGACGGUGUCUGCCAAGGCGUCCUCGGGUACCCCAGCAACACCCUUUCAGCAGCAGAAAGUGACCCGUACCCGGAAGCGCUGCGGAAGAUCGGCCCCUUGAUUGGAAAACUCAUGAAGGUACGACCGAUCGUAGCGAUCAUCAUGCACUACUGCUCCCCGUACUGGGCAAGGAAAGUCCUUGAUUUGGUCACGGUACCGUGGCUUCCGACGCAGUAUAUGGCGGACGUGCGGGAGAUGCGACGUAUAGUGGAAACGAUGGAUAGUGCCAGUCGAAAGGCGUUUUCGGAGAAAAAAGCUGCCAUGGAGGCUGAAGAAACGCUGCACCCUGUUGACGCUACCUGCAGAGACAGUGAUUCGAUGACGUCAAUGAUGGAUAUCAUGCUAAAGGCCAAUGCCAUGUCGUCCAACGCGGAACGCCUCACGGAUGCUGAGUUGUUGGGACAAAUGAACGUUAUGGUAUUUGCUGGCCUUGACACGACCACCUCCGCACUCGCCCGCUGCAUCUACUUGCUUGCCCAACACUCCGGUGCUCAAGCAAGACUCAGGAGCGAAAUUCACGAUGCCAUGAAGACACUCGAAGAAGACGACGACACGUCAUCUGCUGAAUUGCCCUACGACAUCCUCAUGAGCCUACCGUUCCUCGACGGUGUCGUCAAAGAGACCCUCCGCCUCUACCCCUCCCUCCCAGUCAUGGGCCGAGUAACGUCCAAAGCAACCACCCUCCCUUUACACUUCCCCACACGCUCCCGGUCUGGUGGAUACACGUCCGCCGUUGCGAUCCCAAAGGGCACCUUUACAAUCAUCUCCAUCCUCGCUGCGAAUCGCCACAGAGGGGUGUGGGGUGCCGACGCGAAUGAGUGGAGGCCGGAGCGAUGGCUUUCAUCCCCUCUGGCCGCUCCCUCGCAAGCACAAGAAGUGGAUGUCCCGUUGGGUGCGCCUGUCAAAGAUAAUGAUAAUGUGCGGUUUCCUGGUGUAUAUUCCAACAUGAUGACGUUUCUCGGUGGUAGCCGCUCCUGCAUCGGGUUUAAAUUCGCCGAAAUGGAAUUAAAACAAGUUCUCGCAACGCUUGUGCUGCGUCUGCACUUCUCGCUCCCGACAGAGCGGAAUGCACAAGGGCACGUGAAAGAGAUACAAUGGAAGCUCCAGGCAUUUCAUAUCCCUGUUGUGAAGCCACCCGCAGGGGAUGGCGUAACGCCGCAGGUGCCAUUGAAUGUGCGGCUGGUGAAGAAGGAUGAUUUU